CGGACCCUACCAAAUUUGAGAGAGGGGGAUGAUCUGUGUGAGUGCUCGUUCUUCUAGAACCGUUGUGUGGUUCAAUUAGAAAUAUUCAGGAUUUAUGCAUCUUUAAAGUUUAAUUUUAUGGUUUAUUUAGGAAGUAUAUAUCUAUUAAUCACCUUUUCCCAAGCUCCAUAAAGUUUUUUAGUUUAUCCCAGUCGCUAGGAGACAGAAGCUGGAAGCGGAAGCGGAAAUGCCUUUCACGACAACUUCCGAAAGAGGUCGUCAUGGCUUCCCGUGAGGAGACAGUUGCCUUACAGGCUGAAGUUGCCCGACGUGAGGAGGAAUUGUAUUCCCUGAAGCAGAGGCUGGCGGCGGCCCUUUUGGCGGAGCAGAAACCGCAGCCGGAACGGCUGGUUCCGGUGUCGCCGCUGCCGCCGAAGGCUGCUCUGUCCCGAGAUGAGAUUCUGCGCUAUAGCCGGCAGCUAGUGCUGCCGGAGCUGGGCGUGCACGGACAGCUGCGCCUGGCGACUGCUUCCGUGCUAGUCGUGGGCUGCGGUGGGCUCGGCUGUCCACUGGCGCAGUACUUGGCAGCGGCCGGCGUGGGCCGCCUUGGCCUUGUGGACUAUGACGUGGUAGAGAUGAGCAACCUGCCCCGCCAAGUGCUGCAUGGCGAGUCACUGACUGGCCAGGCCAAGGCCUUUUCGGCUGCCGCCUCGCUGCGCCGCCUCAAUUCGGAGGUGGAAUGCGUGCCGUACACUCAGGCCCUUACGCCAGCCACUGCCCUAGACCUGGUCCGCCGAUAUGAUGUGGUGGCCGACUGCUCGGACAACGUGCCCACUCGCUAUCUGGUUAAUGACGCCUGUGUGCUGGCGGGUCGGCCUCUCGUGUCUGCCAGUGCCUUGCGCUUCGAGGGCCAAAUCACAGUCUACCAUUAUGACGGUGGGCCUUGCUAUCGCUGCAUAUUCCCCCAGCCACCCCCAGCGGAGACAGUGACCAACUGCGCGGACGGCGGGGUGCUCGGUGUGGUAACUGGGGUCCUGGGUUGCCUGCAGGCCUUGGAAGUGCUGAAAAUCGCUGCGGGUCUGGGCCCUUCUUACAGUGGCAGCCUGUUGCUCUUUGAUGCCCUGAGAGGGCAUUUCCGCUGUAUUCGGCUGCGGAGUCGCAGGCUUGACUGUGCAGCUUGCGGGGAACGGCCCACUGUGACUGAUCUGAUGGACUAUGAAGCCUUUUGUGGCUCCUCAGCCACCGAUAAAUGCCUCUCCCUGCAGUUACUGAGCCCAGAGGAGCGUGUUUCCGUCACUGACUAUAAGCGACUUCUGGAUUCUGGAGCAUCCCAUCUGUUGCUGGAUGUCAGGCCUCAGGUCGAGGUAGACAUCUGUCGUUUGCCUCAUGCCCUACACAUCCCUCUGAAACAUUUGGAACGCAGGGAUGCAGAGAGCCUGAAACUCUUAGGAGAAGCAAUCCGGGAAGGGAAGCAGCGUACACAAGAAGGGGCUGCUCUCCCCAUUUAUGUGAUUUGCAAACUGGGAAAUGACUCACAGAAAGCCGUGAAGAUCCUCCAGUCCUUAUCAGCAGCUCAAGAGUUAGACUCUUUAACAGUCCGGGAUGUUGUAGGGGGCCUCAUGGCCUGGGCUGCUAAAAUUGAUGGAACAUUUCCACAGUACUAAGGUGACUGGUAUAGUUUGAUGGGAAAGAUGUGAAUAUGCAGGAGAUGUAUAUACAGGAGAUUGUAUAGUAUCAGUGAAUACAUGGACUCCUUUUUUAUAAGGAAUUUAAAAAUUAGUUAUGGAUUGGAUGACAUAUUAAUGAAUUAUACUGUUUCUGAGAACCAUCAUUUUUUUUCCAGCACAUGGAGGAUGUCUUGAACAUGUGAGAUAUAACGUGACAGGAUUUUGUAUUUUAAACUCCAGAUCAUUGACCUGUCCUUAUUUUCUACUUCCCCCAGUCUAAAUGCUUUCUAAAUCAUUUUAUACCUGGAAUUAAGGUGCAGUAAACUUAGUCUUCUCAAAUUGAUCACAGAGUGUACACUUAGGGUCAGUUUACUGUUUAGUUAAGAAAUUCUUGGAUCUAGGCCGGGUGUGGUGGCUUCACGCCUGCAAUCCCAGCACUUUGGGAGACCAAGAUGGGCAGAUCACUUGAGGUCAGGAGUUCGAGACCAGCCUGGCCAACAUGGUGACACCCCUUCUUUAUAUUAAAAAAGAAAAAAAAAAAAAUUAUUGAUCUUCUUAAUAUUUCAGAUGAUAGAAUACAUGUUUAAAAUGUAAAUUGUUUUAAUUAUUCAGAAACGGGGGUCAUUCUAUUUGGCAUUUUGAAUUAGUAUCAAAAUGAGAUCUUUAAAGUUUGCCAAAAUAGAGGAAGCCACCUUUGUAGUCUGUCAGUGCCUGUUACAAAUUGCUACUGUUUUAUAAAAGUUAGCUUCAGAAUCCACCUUAUGUUGCACAUACAUAGAACAUUUUCUAAAUUGGUUUGACUUGCUUUGGAAUCUUAAAGUCCAAGUCCCAACCUUUUGCUUCUUCCCUUUUAACUUGCCUUUUCUAUUUUGAUUUAAUCUUUUUUAUUCCAGCAUUUUAUAUGAAUGUAAAAUGUGUUUUUAUGUUUGUUUACUUAACAUUUUCAUAAAAUGGUAGGUAGUCUCCCCAACUUCCAAUAUAGACAACAAAAUUUAAAGUAAAAAUUUGAUUUGUGAGAGCCUGUCAGUGGCCGGUUGAACUAAUGGCCUGUGAAAAGGGAGCCUGUUCCCUCACUGGUUGCUGCAUGCAGGCUCAUAAUCAUCCAUUGUUGUUGUUUAAGAAUAGCAGAAAUCACAGAUAUAACUGCAAAGUCUCUGUAUCUCUGUCAACAAUUAGAAAAAAAAGCUUAAAAGCAUUAUAGGCCAGAAAAAACCCUCUGCAGACCAGAUUUCCUCACCAAUUUGCAAUCUGUGAUAUAGAAUCUUGUUUUAUUAUAAGAGGGUGGUGUUUAACAAUCAAAUUCAAAAUUAGUCAUCACGUUUUAACUAUGAAAUAUUGUAACUAAUUAUUUGAACAGGUAUACUUAAAGUAUAGUAAUCCCUUCUCUUAUAAAAGUACAGCAGGUCUCUUAUAACUGUUUGUAUCAAGGAGUUAUGGAAGUAAAUGACUGAGACCUGGAGUGGAGAACAAACAUGUCCUGUGUUUUUCGACUCCUCCUUCCAGGGACAACUGAUUCUGAUAAAUGUCAGGAGACAAGUAGUGAGACACAAGAAUGAUUUUAUAUUCUAAAGGCUGAUGUCCUAAAGUUACAGAAAGUUGUAGUUCCUGUAAACCUGGUUGUCACCGGGGGCAGGCAAGAGAAGCUGACUGGCUAAGUGGGAAAGGGUUUACUACAGUGGUAGGAAGAGCUUUUGAGAAUUUUGGGGACAGAGUCAAGGCUAUACUUCUAGGAAUGGUGCCCAAGAUAUGCACAAAACUGGCCUUAUGAGAACAGUGUCUAUUCCCUUUCAAGUACAGGAGGAAACUGCCACUACAGUCUCACCAAUUUCACUUGACAUGACCCCCGCUGCUCUCCCAGAAAGCCCAACACCUCAGCCACAGUCCACGUGUCGAAAAGCUGAGUCACUACCUUAUUGUUUUCUGAGUCAAAUCUUAUGAGGGUGUCGGGUAGGCAGAGCCUAUUUCCAUGCUUAUAUCUUAGCGGCAAGAGAGGCCGGGAAUUUGUGUUUUGAUAUCUACACUAGGAAGACAGAACUCAUGAUGGGGGAUUUUCCCCAGUAGUGAAAUAUUUUUCAAAAGAUGGGCUGUUAAGAAUAUGACAGAUACCCAGUACACAACCCAGAUCUAUUUCAGUAUUUUUUUUUCUUUUGGAGACAGAGUCUCACUCUAUCCCCCAGGCUAGAGUGCAGUGGCACAAUCUUGGCUCACUUCAACCUCCACCUCCCAGGUUAAAGCCAUUCUCAUGCCUCAGUCUCCCAAGUAGCUGAGAUUACAGGUGUCUGCCACUAUACCCGGCUAAUUUUUGUAUUUUUUGGUGGAGACAUGUUGGCCUGGCUGGUCUUGAACUCCUGACCUCAGCCGAUCCUCGAACCUCAGCCUCCCAAAGUGCUAGGAUUACAGGCAUGAGCCACUGCACCUGGCAUAUUUUAGUAUUUGAAAUUUUGUUCCUUCUGGGGAUUGUACUUAGUUUUAAUUGUGAGAUGAGAUUUAAACUGAUUUUUUUUUUAGACAGUCUUGCUCCGUAGCCCAGGGUGGAGUGGAGUGUUGUGAUCAUAGCUCACUGCAGCGUCAACCUCCUGGGUUCAAGUGAUCCUUCCUCCUCCCAAGUAGCUUAGAUUAUAAGUGUGGGCCACCAUGCCUAACCAUUUUUUAAUUUUAAACAUUUUUUUUGUGGCCAGGCAUGGUGGCUCAUGCCUGUAAUCCCAGCACUUUGCCACUUUGGGAGGCUGAGGUGGGUGAAUCACCUGAGGUCAAGAGUUUUGAGACUAGCCUGGCCAACAUGGUGAAAACCCAUCUCUUUAAAAAAUUUUAAAAAUAAAAAAUUUUUGUAGCGAUGAGGUUUCAAUAUGUUGCCCAGGCUCAUCUCAAUCUCCUGGGCUCAAGCAGCCCUCCUGCCUCAGCCUCCCAAAGUGGAUUAUAGGUGUUAGCCACCAUGCCCAGCCUGAAUUUAAUUUUUUUUUUCCUUUUCAUAACAAACAUCAAGUGCCUUCAGUGUACUGUUCUAGGUUCUGGAAUAAAAAUGAGCAAGAGUUUUCCUGUUGUAGAAGAGUUUAUAUUUAAAUGGGGGAGAUAAAUCAGGUAAAUUACUGUUAAGUGCCAUAAAAGAAAUGAAACUGUGACAUGUUAGGGUGGGGAAAGGGAUCUGUUUUGAAUAGGUUAGUUAUGGGAGGCCUCUUCAGAGACCACAUUAAACUCCAAACCUGAAAGGUAAGAGAGCCAGUUACAAAAGAUCUGAGGAAACAAUUCUAUACUGGGAGAAAAAUAACUGUAAAGACCCCAAGGCAAAUAAAUUUGGAAUGUUCUGUUCAAGAAACUACAGAGGCAAGUUGGGUUUUGAACAAUUAGGGAGAGAGGGACAGGGAACAUCUUAAAUGGUUUGAGACAUUUUUGAACAUCUCAAAAAAUGGUUUGAGAAGUAGGGAACAUCUUAAAACUUUGUAGACCAUCAUAGUCUGGUUUUUAUUCUAAAUAAAAUAAUAGCCAAUA